CAACAAUGGGAGGAGUUGAGCUUGCGAUGUUUUCUCUUCCGAUUUGGUUCCGUCACACAAUACGCAAGUUUGACUACUCUAUAUCUUUCAAAUGGGAGAACUAUAAAGAAGGUCAAGUUACUAAAAGAGAAGUUGGAGAUACAGUGUGGAAGAAUUUGUUUCAGGGCAUGUUAGCAUACUUGAACUGGGAUAAAAGAGAAGAGGUGGGCCCCACUGUAGGAGGUCAAGCAGGGGUUCAUCUUAUUGUUCAGAAGCAACGAACCACAGAGACAAUGCAUGAUGUGCUAGCACCAGCCACAUUUGAAGAUCUGAUGGCAGCUGUUGACAAUCCACACCAAAUUCAAAGUCAAUACUGGGUUUUGCAUGAGAAUGAUCAUGACAAUAAAGGGGGCACCCAAGCUGUCUUCAAUGUGUUGGAUUCAAUGCUGAAGGACAUGUUAGAUCGUUUGAAAAUGAUUAGGGAAAGCAUUUCAAAGGCAGGGACUUGCCUUGGGGGAUAUCAUAUGGAAGCAAAUUUCAGCAUAUAUGAGGUUGUAAUUAGGGAGUUAUGCAUAGAAGGCAAGGUGGGAGCUGCUGUCAGCCUUCGAAAUAGAAUGAUUCAGAAAUAUGCAAUUCCUGAUGUGUGUACACACAAUUACCUUGUAAAUGGACUUUGUAGAAUGGGUCACUUGGAGAUGGCAGAUUGUCUUACUAAAGAAAUGGUGGAAUUUGGCCCUUCUCCCAACUGUAUCACCUACAAUAUUUUGAUUGAUGGAUACUGCCAUGUUGGUAAGAUAGACGAAGCACUUAAACUUCUAUCUUCAGUGAGUAAAAGUGGCAUUAGGCCCAAUAGGGUUACCUGCAACAUACUCGUCAAUGCAUUGUGCAAGAAGGGUCUUUUAUACAAUGCUAAAAAGCUUCUUGAAGGCUUAUCAGGUGAUAUAGCCUCAGAUUUAAUCACAUCAACCAUCCUUAUUGAUUGUUGUUUUAGGCAGGGGGAUAUGGUUCAGGCUCUUGAACUUUGGGAUUGUUUAUCCCGGAAGGGUACUGAAAUGGAUGUUGUAGUCUAUAAUGUCCUAAUCCAUGGGUUCUGUUUGAGACAGGAUAUUAAGCUUGCAAACAAAUACUUCUGCGAAAUGCAAAAAAGGGGUUUUCUUCCUGAUGUAUUCACCUACAAUACUCUUAUAAGUGGGCUGUGUAAAGAAGGGAAAAUUGAUGAGGCUUGUGAUAUUUACGGAGCAAUGUCAAGAGUGGGUGUUGCACCAGAUCAACUCUCUUACAAAAUGAUUGUUCAGGGCCUUUGUCUUAAUGGAGAUGUUAUUAAAGCUCAUGAGUUUCUUCUUGGUAUGUUGGAGGACUCACUGAUACCGGACUCUCUUAUCUGGAAUGUGGUGAUUGAUGGGUAUGGGAGAGUUGGAGAUCUUAAUAAUGCUUUCUUGAUUAGAGAUUGGAUGGUAGCCUCAGGUGUUAUGCCAAAUACUUUCACUUAUAAUGCAUUAAUUCAUGCACAAAAAAAAGGUGGAAACAUUAAAGAUGCACAAUUACUGAAGGAGGAGAUGCUCUCAAAAGGGCUUUUGCCUGAUGUAGUAACCUACAACUUGUUAAUUGGUGCUGCUUGUAAUUUUGGUCAUCUUCAACUUGCACGCGAAUUGCAUGAUGAAAUGCUGAGUAGUGGAUACAAAGCAGAUAUUAUAACUUACACAGAGAUGAUACGUGGCCUGUGUUUGAAGAGAAACGUAGAGAAAGCAGAAUUGCUUUUCGACAGGAUUCGAAGAUCUGGUAUAAUGAUUGACCAUGUGCCAUUUCAAAUACUCAUUAAGAAGUACUGUAAAAUUAAAGAACCAGAAAAUGCAUUUAAUAUCUACCAGAAAAUGAUUGAGGAGGGGCAUGUAAGCCAUCGUUCAUCUUAGUAUUCCUUAUCUUCUUGAUUGAGGAAGAAAGGGUUAAUUGUGGAAGCUGUUCAGCUGUUUAAUGACAUGCAUAUGUUGGGUUUGGUCGAGUAGAAUUCUU